AUGUCCCUCACUCCAAGAACAUCGGUUGAGCGUUACAUACCACCAGAUGACCUCUACAAAGAAGCUACGUCUUUUGUGGCUGCUUUAAAGAGCAAUCCAUCUGAUAAAGACGCAGUCAAGAAUUUAAAUGAAGCCAAUGACGCUAUCAAAAAAUAUAAUACUGAGAACCGGUUUACAGAAAAUGACGGACUUAUCCCAAUCCCGGAAAUUCAAAGUAAUAUACAAGAGUACGAGGAUCUCAAACGUCUGGUAGAGGAUCCGGAAAAUAUCGAAGCGCUAUCAAAGCUUCAAGAACUUUGUGACAAAUGGAAUAUUGUUGUUAAAAAAAAUGCCUUCCCCGGAGAUUGGAGUCUCACAUUGCCAGAAGUGCCAACCAAGGAAAUCCCACCCCCAAAGACAGUGGCCGAUCUGUAUGCACAGGCCGAUCAAUGGAUUUUCCAGCUAGGAAAUAGUCCUCAGGAGCCUAAUGCUGUUGGGGAGCUUGAGAAAAUCAAUGAGCAAAUCACAGAAGACUCUAAGAAAAUCGAUAUUAACGGAUAUCAAGCUUCUGCAAAAGAUCUUGCUGAGAGUUUACAAGCUCACACUCAGGCCCCAACUCAAGGAAAUUAUGAUACCUUUCAGCUCUGCCGUAAUAAGCUAGUCCAGUUUAUCCAGGAACAUAAUUACCCCAAUAGUUGGCUCCCUCAAAAUAUAGAUCCCCCAAAGCGAACUCGUUAUGAACUACUCCUGGAAGCUAAACCUUACAUUGACAAGUUAUUUGGCAAAGCAGAUGAUAGUGAUUCUUUCCAAAAAAUACUCGAAAUUAACCAGAAGAUAGCAGAUCCUAACGGAGAAAUCCCUAUAAGUCAAUUGCGGGAAGCCUAUGGCAAUGGCCAAAAAUACAUGAAACAGUUAAUACAGGACCCAUAUAACGAGGAUUUUUACAACACUUAUGAAAUCUGA